UUUUUUUGCUGCAAGGAAAAUAAUAAAUAAAAAUAUAAGAAAAAUAAAAAAUAUCAUAACUGAAUGAACAAUUAAACAAUUCAAUUGCUAUGGACGACUUAGCGCGAAAAUUAAUUUCUGGAAGUUGUAAUUUUAAAGAUACUCUUCAAAUAUUUAUCAAAAAAUAUGAGGACAGAACUAUGAAUGAAAGAAUAUGCGAUAACCAGUUACGAGAAGAAACCUGGAAGAUAUUAUUUAAAUAUUUAUCUAAAUCAGAGUACGAAUCUAUGCAUCUUAAUUGUUUAACUACAUUACGUAUACUUAGUCGAGACAAAACUGAUUUAGAUAAAAUCGUUAGUAAAGAAAUGGUAACAUUGUUAUUACAACUUGCAAAAUUGGAUUGUCAAAAUAAUGAAGAACAGGAUCAAUCUACUAAUGUUCCAAUAGAAUCUGCUAAAGUACUCUGUAAUUUAUUGUAUCAUAGUUUUAAAGUACGAGAAUGUUUGGUAAUAGAAAAGAAUUGUUUGGAAAAUUUGAUUAAUCGUAUCAACAAGUAUGAUUCCAAUUCGUCACACGAAAUGAAAUUGUUCGAUAUUAAAAUGUUAUUUAUAUUAACUGCAUUAAAUACACCAGCAAGAAAUACAGUUAAAGAAUUAAAUGGCGAUACUUAUUUGCUUAAUAUGUUGAAUGAAUUAUUGGAACAAUAUAAAUCUAAUGAAUCAUUUUCUAUCAAGAAUGAGGAUAUAAUUUUAAUUUGUGACAUUUUAAAAGUUUUAUUUAAUUUAUAUAUACAUUCUGAAGAUUCAGUGAUAGAAGAACAAGAAAAUAAUAAAAAAUUAACAACGUCUUUGUAUACAUAUUUAUAUAAUAAAAAUUGGUCAAAUAAUAACGAUCUUGUAAGCAAUGUUAUCAAUUUAUUGACUGCUAUACCUCUAAACAAUUAUAUACAAAUGAUGCAGUCUAGCGAAAGCAACAACGACGAUAAUAUUUUAUUAUAUCAGAAUACUGAUGUUACGACAAUAUCCGUCAUAUUAGAAUUUUUAGAUAAUAAAUUAAAUUAUACGGAAUUUCAAUUAGAGAAUCUUUCUCCAGUCGUUACUGUUCUCAUUAGGCUGAUAAAAGCAGACAAAUCUGUUCGAAAAUAUGUACGAUUACAGGUUUUACCACCAUUGAAAGAUGUAAUGAAACGUCCAGAAGAGGGAACAACAUUAAAAGCUAAAUUGUGUAAACUUUUAACAUCUCCUAUCACCAAGUUACGUGACAUUGUUGCUGAAUUUCUUUUUAUACUUUGCAAGGAAAAUGUUAGCCGUAUGGUAAAGUACACUGGAUAUGGGAACGCAGCAGGUAUGUUUGCUAAUAAAGGAUUAUUAGGUCGUAAUCAAGAAAAGAUAUCAUAUUCUGAAUCUGAAGACAGUGAUACUGAAGAAUAUUUAAAAUACAAAGAACAAAUAAAUCCAGUAACUGGUUGUUAUGAGAAAGCAAAACCAAAUCUUUUGGAUGGUAUGACGGAUGAACAAAAAGAAUACGAAGCUUUACAGCUUGUUAAUCUCGUAGAUCAAUUAACGAGRGGAGGAUUAGUGAAACCAUGUCGUAUUGGAGAUGAUGGUAAACCUAAACCUAUAGAACAUGUUUUAGAACUGCAAGAUGAAUUACCAAAACAACAAUAUAGACGAGAAUCAGAUUCAGAUUAAUUAUUUAUUAUUGAAAGAAGGAGAAAAGAGGUGUAAUUAUUAUAUAUGAUGUAUAUUAUCUAUAAUAUUAAGGAAUUUAAUAAUAAAUGUUUCAAAUAAAAUAUUAAUUUCAUUUAAUUAUGAAAGAUGUGAUAUAAUGAAUCCCUGUAUAAACACACAUAUAUACUUAGUCGACACAUAU